UGCUUCAUGUUUGAAUUAGCUUGUUUUCAUUUAAUUUUGGUAAAUAAAUUAUGAAUAUUAAAAGGUAAAUAAAUAUUAAUUAAGCAUUAAUAACAUAAUUCAACACAUAAACAUAGGAGGUAUUUUAAUUAUUUUAGUUAGUUCAGUAACUAUUUUGUUCAUCAAAAUUAUACCCAGAAUUCUUAUUCAUUAUUCAACUCACCAAAAACGAUUGUAACUGACAAAACAUUAUUAUGAGCACAAUUCAAUGUCGGAGUCGAAAAUAUUUCAAUUUAGGUAAAUCCAUUACAAAAGUUUCCGAAAUUCAUUUUAUCCGCUUGAAAUAUCAAAGCAGUUUCACGGGUGCUAAACAAAAUAUUGCCUAGCACUUGAAACAAUUGAAGAACUAAAUCCAGAUUGACAAAAGAAAAUCCAACACGCGGAAUGUUCGCGUCUUUAGAAACAAUCCGAGAAAUGCGCAUCCCCUCUGCUUCGAAUGCCGUAGUAUUUCGGUAUUAGAGACUCGCGGGGACAACUUUGGACGCUAUCCAGUAGGAAUCACGCGCUCAGAACGCGCAAACGCCGUAUAUCGAUCGUCAAAAAAAAAUCACGAAAUCAAAUAGAUAAAGGCAAAAAUUUUCAAAAUUAAAGUGUUCAUCAAAUUGUGGAUAUAUUAGAAAAUUAGAUAAAAAAUUGGAUUUUUCAAAGUUCAUUUCUUAUAUGAAAAUGUUGACGGAUUGAUUUGGAAAUUAUUGUGCGUGAAAUAUCGAUAAUGAUGGUUCAAUAGUUAAAAAUAAACCGCGAUUAAGAUCACAGACUCACAGUGUACGGUGGACAAUAAAAGCUGAGUGCAAACAAACAAUAAAACAGCAACUAUUUUGAGCACGCGCAGCAUAAAACGAGCAAACCGAUGCUCAUAAACAAAAUGGCCACUAACCGGCACGCGACUUCGUUUAUAAAUCACAAUAUGUUUAUUUGUAUUUUUGUCUCCCUCUUGCUACCGAUGGCUAACGAAGGUGCCGCGAAUGUGUACGGUGACAGCCGAAGUUUCCCGAACGAUGACGGAGGGAAACGACUAACGAGGGAAUACCACCUCAGGCAGGGUGCUUUAAGAGGACUCAUUGUGAAGCCAAGUCGCCAGUAUGACUUUCAGUAUGUGGAAAUGUUUCUUGGCAUACCAUAUGCUGCUCCUCCGACUGGACAUUUGAGGUUUAUGCCUCCAGUGAGCGCCCCACCAUGGCGAGAUGUGAAAAUGGCGACGCGGUUCGCCCCAGUCUGCCCUCAGUCCCUCCCCCCCAUAAAGAAGGGAAAUCCCCCCUCUUCGGGUCGCCAGCACUAUAUGAAUCAGUUGAAGACUUUCCUCACAAACGAGUCUGAAGAUUGUUUGUACUUGAACAUUUAUGUUCCUUAUAGAGAACAGAAAACAAAAAAGUUUCCUGUGGUAGUAUUUAUACACGGCGACUCCUUCGAGUGGAGUUCUGGCAAUCCUUACGAUGGGAGGAUCCUGGCGUCUUAUGGAAAUGUCAUGGUUAUCACCGUCAACUUCAGGCUGGGUAUCUUAGGUUUUAUGAAGCCAAGUUUAACAGAACACGUUUACGGCAACAAUGGGCUGCUAGACCAGUUGGCAGCAUUGCAGUGGAUCAAGGAUAAUAUAGAAGAUCUGAAUGGUGAUCCAUCAUCAGUCACUCUGAUGGGACAUGGGACCGGCGCUGCGUGUGUUAACUUCUUGAUGCUGUCGCCAAUAUCGAAUGGUCUAUUCCAUCGCGCGAUACUAAUGUCUGGGUCUGCACUCUCAGACUGGGCGAUGACUAAAGACCCAACUCCUUACACAUUGCAAGUUGCCCAAAGCUUGGGCUGCAACCCAAACUCCAAAAACAUGAUGACUUGUUUGCAGAAAAAACCGUUGUCAGAAAUAAAGAAAGUGCAGAUCUUAGCCCGAGAAUUUGAAACUCCCUUGGGACCGGUGGUAGCUGGGUCUUUCAUACCCAAUGAGCCGGCAAAAACUAUGGAAUCCUACCCGAAUUUAUUAAGCAAGUAUCAACUACUAAGUGGAGUGACAGAAAUAGAAAGGUACCAUGACUUUGGUGUCAUAGAAUUGGAACACGGUGUCUUGGAGAAUCAGAGAGAUGAGUUUAUCAAGAAAUUCGCAAAGAUCAUCUUCGAAGGAGCUGAAGACCAGACUUUGAAGUCCAUUUUGAAAGAAUAUUCGCCAUCAAAACUGGACCCUCAGCGAUGGAACGUUGAAACUAAUCGGGACGUGAUACUCAACGUAUUCAGCGACGCUCGUACUUUAGCUCCUGUCAUACGAUUCGCCAACUACCAGUCCAAAGCCAACAGACAGUCCUAUUUCUACGUGUUUGGACAUAAUUCUAUUAGCUCCGAUUAUGCUGCGCUCAACAAAAGCGUGCAAGGGCAAGAACUACCGUACGUAUUUGGGGUGCCACUUGGAGCGACAAACACCCACUUUGAUAAAGAAUAUACGCAGCAUGAAAAGUUGCUUAGUGAAGUACUCAUGAGGAUGUGGACUAACUUCGUUAAAUACGGGUCUCCAAAUUCACAAGCUCCAGUGAAGUUCUACAACUUGGAUAGAAAACAAUGGAGUAUAUAUGAUCUUGACUGGUCUGAGUAUGAUGGUACCCGACAGGCUUAUUUGAGAUUUGAUAUUCCUCCAGAAGUGGACAAGUCAUACCGGUCGAACUAUACUAAGUUUUGGUCGGACACGUUGCCGAGCAAGAUGAGCAAAUAUGUCAUAGAUCCACUGUUCGAGUACACUCCACCUCCCACGAAACCUCCACCGUCAACAAAACCGAAGGUUACUCAUAGAAACACGGCUAGUGUUGUAGAUCCAAUCCGCAGAAUAUGGGCACCUCAAGUAGUGGAAACCCCGCACCAUUCAUCAUCAAUUUACGGCAAAAUGCGUCCGUACUCACAACCAGUACGAAGACCAGACACUAACGUUAUAUACAAGGAGAUCAUGUCCAUUGAGAAACCAGCGCGACCCGUUCCAUCAGGAUUAAUGGAAAAUACCUUUACAUACACCACUACGAUCAAACCAAAACCCAACAUGCCAGUAAAAACAUCGAGUGCAACUAUUACGUUGAUAGUGUCGUUAGCUAUUCUCUUUCUCGCCGUCAACGUCGGAAUUUGCUCUAUAUUGUAUUUCAAAAAACGUAAGCUCAGACUACGGGAACAAACACUCGAGAGUUCUCAUCAGCCCCGCGCUGAAAUAGGCGAAGUGGAUGUAAUCGGUCAAAAGAGCUCGAAGGACGACAAAAGCGCUUUGCAAACUCUAAAAAACGGUUGCAGCGUCAUAAAGUCGAUGAGUUUUAAUAAAAUGAAAAACAAUUCUAAGAAACAUAAAAAGAAAUCUGAUCCCUGUAAGACCCCUAAAUCAGAUGAUUCAGGGGGGUUCAGAGAGAGAUUUAAGCUAAGGAGGCACUUAUCGACCAGUACUUUAGACGCUCACACUAAAGUGAGGGAUUGGAUUGCCAAUGAAAUGAUGCACCGUUGCUCUCCGGGUAUCCUAAGAAAAUCGAAUUCUGAUUUAAAUGAAAAACAUAUGACUGUUGCAAAACCUUUUACAAGGUCUGAAGAACUUCUCUCAGAUACUAAAAAAAGCAAAACGGACAGCCGUAAAAUGAAUGAUAGUAUAAAUUCUAAAAGUUACGCUUCAAAAACUAAUAGUAAAACUAGAACAUCUGAGAAAACAACAUCGACUUCGGCACUUGGAUCACAUUCGUCUAUAGGAAGCCAUAAGCAGUCGCUUAGCAGUAUUAAACAAACGAGUAAAUCGAAUGAUUCCAUAAAAAGUAAAGCUACUGAAAGUAUACAGUCUAAAAAAGUUUCUGUAGCCAUAGAUGCAACACCAGCCGCUCGCACUAACUCCAUAUUAAAUCAAGAGCCAAUAGAAAUCUCUAAGUCGUUCGACGCUGGUGAUCAAAUACAUUCCAAUAAACUUGAAAAAUCUACGAACAAUGAAUUGAUAACCCCGAGUAAUACUGAGCCUAAUAGGGAUGAAAUAACAUUUACAAAUGUUGUAACUUUAGCAGUUCAAGAUAAACCAUUGAUAAUAUCUCAUAAACAUUCCUCAUCUGAUCCAGUUACUGAUGUGAAUUACGAUAAAUUACUUGAAAGGAUGGAGAGUAACAAUCUCGCAAAUAUUUUACCGCCAGUCACUUUUAGAAACGAUAUAAAUGUGACUUCUCGGGAGGAACGUUCUCAAGCUAAUCCUAUGACCGCUGAAGAAGCCUUAUUAACCAUUAAAAAGAGGAAUUUUCCCAAAGUUCUGCCAGAUUUACCGAAAGCCCAAAAGCGGUUGUCAUUACAACCGAACUCUUUGCAGACUUUUCGUGGGUAUUCAUCUAUGGAUGAUCGUCCAAAGGUACCACCACAACCACCACCAAGAACAACAACGUUGGAACGACGCCUUGCAUAUAAAAAUACGAAACCCCUAUCGUCAUUCGACGCGUCCCAAGUAAAGAAAAUAAAUGAAGAUGUAGGAGUUAAAAAUUAUGAAAAUAUUGAUAGUUUGUCGCCCAGUUUGUAUCCUGCUGCUUCUCGAAAUGCAUCUUUUGACAGAAGCAAGCCAGAAACAACCAUUAUUAUGGCAAAAGACAGGGAGUUUCCUAGAGUGAUAAUAGCGUCCAGUGAUAUUCCUUCAUCUCAGGAACCGAAAAUAGUAAUAACGCCAUCUCCCAGCCAGGUUGAAAUACCAACAAAUGUACCUAGAGUACGCCUUCCAGAUGAUUUCCACAUUCAAACUGGAUCUGUUACAUCAUUUUCAUCCUUUUGUUCCGAUGAAGAUGACGAUGAUGAUGAUAUUGACUUGGAUGAAGAAUUUGAAGAUAAACUCAUUAAAGAAUUAGUUUGUGGUGUAGAUUCACCAACAAACAUGGAUGAUAUUCUGGAUACUAAAGGGCCAGAUACAAUUUACGAAAAGAAAUUAGAAAUAGUGCCCGUAAAAAUUAAUCCCGGUAAUGUAGUUCCUAGACCAAAAGAUGAUUACGUGUGCGUUAGUGAUUUAUUUUUGCCAGAUGUGAGUGAUUUAGAAAAAACUGCCCAAAUCAAGCCUAACUUUGGACUCAAUAAACUUCAACAUAGAACUGAGAGUAUUCACAGACCGCCGGAGAAAGCCGUUAAGGUAAAACAAAGAAAAAGCAUAAGAACUCCUUCACUUCUGAGUCGAAGUUCUAAAGGUAAAAGGGGUAGUGAUAAAAGAUGUGAUUCAGUAAAACUGGAACAUUCUAAUUCUGGUUCGUCAAAUGAUACUGAAACUAGUACAGGAACUGUGAAAAAGGUUGAAUUCAAGAAAGGUUGAUUUUAAGUUAGACUGAGAAAUAACUUUUGAAUGUUAGACGUAAAGUUUGAGAGUUGAAUCUUCAAUAUCCUGGGUUAAGUUUAGCAGUUUAGCAACUGUAGGAAUAAACAGUAAGAUCUCUCUAGAUUUAAUAGAUAAAGCUAUAAAGGUAGAAUCUACUAUUUACAACUGAAAAUGCAUGUUAAACGUAGAUGUUUUGGGGAUGAAUAAUUAUAGACUUUUAAAACUAAAGUAUAAUUAUGAUAAUAAUUACUUUAUUGUUUGCUAACUUUACUCCGGUUUAAUUUUUUAAACAUAAACUACCAGUUAGAUUAAGAUUUUGAGAAAUGGCACCUACGAAGUAGGUUUUAUUAAAAUAAUAAUUGUUAUACAGUUAUAAUAAAGUGUAUAUUAGAGUAAAACAUAUCUGACCAAAUGAGUGAAAUGAUAUAUGUAUAAGCCAAAGUACCAUUUAUAUUAUAUAAAAUGCAUUUAGAAAAUAUAUGAUUUGUACAAAAUGGCA